UCAGACUUGUAUUAGCACUUCCCUUUGAAAAUACUUCAAGUCGUGAAUAUGGAGAAGGAUACUGCUCCUGCGUCCACAAACACAUCAGUCAUGGAUGUUUUGUUCACUGAAAAGUGUGACAUUGAAAUUUUAGAUGCUACCAAAUCCAUCAGUGAUUUCAUGGAUGAUAAAAUUAAAGAGCGUCAUUCUGUGGACAGUGAAGUGCCAUUCUUUGUGGCAAAUUUGGAUGAUCUGUUCCAAAAGCACAUCAGAUGGUUGAGGAAUCUACCUCGAGUGAAGCCUUUCUAUGCAGUGAAGUGCAACAGCACCCCGGCAGUUAUCAGGGUGCUGAGGAUUCUGGGUACCGGCUUUGACUGUGCCAGUAAGGGUGAGAUUGAGUUGGCCUUGUCUCUUGGAGCCACUCCUGAUCAAAUCAUUUAUGCUCAUACAACAAAACCACAAUCCCACAUCAAAUAUGCCUGUACUCGAGGAGUGGACAUGAUGACUUUUGACAGUGAGGAGGAACUCCUGAAGGUUUCUGCUUGUCACACCAAAGCGAAACUAGUUCUGCGAAUCUCAGUGGAUGACUCCAAGUCAGCAGUAAGACUGAACCAAAAGUUUGGAGCCAAACUGUCAAAGGUUGAGAAGCUGCUGGAACGAUGUAAAGAGCUGGACUUAGAGGUGAUGGGGGUCAGUUUCCAUGUAGGUAGUGGAUGUACGGAUAGUUCGGCGUACAGACAGGCCAUUGAAGAUGCUCGGCACGUCUUUGACACAGCGAUUUUGCUGGGAUUUCAGAUGAGACUUUUAGAUAUCGGAGGUGGAUUCCCUGGGAAUGAGGACUUUCACAUUCAGUUUGAUGAGUUUUCAGAGGUGAUCAGUGAGGCGUUGGAUGAAUUCUUCCCGGCUGACAGUGGGGUGCAGGUCAUUGCUGAACCAGGACGGUACUAUGUGGAAUCAGCCUUCACACUGGCUGUGAAUGUUUUUGCCAAAAAAGUUGUCAUGGAUGAUGUGACUGAAAUCAGAGGUGCUGACAGUGACACAGUGAUGAUGUAUUACAUCAGUGAUGGAGUCUAUGGCUCCAUAAACUGCCUCUUAAAUGAUCCCGCCCACACAAAUGUGGCUCCGUAUCUCCACAGGGUGGUGGACAGCAGUGAGAGGAGGUACCAGUCCAUUAUCUGGGGUCCGACCUGCGACAGCCUGGACAGAGUCACUGACACCUACUGGAUGCCUGAGGUCCACGUUGGAGACUGGCUUCUCAUCGACAACAUGGGAGCCUACUCUGUGUCCGUUUCAUCAGACUUCAACGGCUUUGACAAAGCACACGUUUACCCUGUUUUAUCUGCUCACACAUGGAACAUGAACGUCUCUCACAGCUGAAGUCAUAUAUAAGUAAGAUCUGAGACCAAUAAUAAUAAUAAUAAUAAUAAUAAUUUG